AUUGACUAAUUCAAAUAAUUGAUCACCUUCCCCAACAUGGUGUACUCCAGAUGUGUUGAGAUCAUCUCCCAUAAUCCUGCAGUCUGACCUGGUCUCUUGGGAAAGCAGAAUAAGGUGUGAUAAAGCGAUCUGGUGGGAAGUACCAAAGUACAAAUGAGAUUAUUUAGAAUAAGUGAGUAAUACCAGAAGAAAAUCAAUGGCCUGAAUUAAUCUGACAUUGAAAAACACAUCAAGGUUUUUAUAUGAAGGUUUUAAUAGUUUUGCUGACUGGAUAACUUUAUAUGUUAUGAUCAAUCUCAUGUUUCCUUGACAACAUAUAGAAAUGAAAGAGCAUUUACAAGGGAAGAAGCAUUCACAAAGGUAGACACGGGGUAUGGAAAAAAGGUUCAGAGGAAAGGGUACGGAUGAGAAACAGGAGCCAUGGAAGAGACUAAUCAGAACUUUUGCUUGUGGGUUCCCCCUUACAAAUAUUCUACCCCAUCUUUGUAGUCCUGAAUAAGUAUAGGCUUGAGAAUGUAUACUAGCCCUCUUCAAAGUGCAAUUUAAAAAAGCAUAAUUAUUAUACAUAAUUUAAGUAAUGUUUAAUACUGAUUUGGUAAUCAUUUUCUUGUGGUGUAUUAUAAGCUAAGAUUCAGUCCUUCUGGAAGCCCAUAACCAAGGUGGGAUUUCAAUGAGCUCUCUCAAUUCUCCACAAUAACACUCCAUCCAUGGUUGGAAGAGACACAGAAACCAGAAGGUUCUUACAUGCUUUGCAGUAAGCUAUGAAUUGGUUUUGCCUGUCUGCCUCUGUCUUUCUUCUUCUUUUUAUGUUUUCCAGAUGACCAGUGAUAAAUCUGACCAACUGUAAAUAUGAGAGUGUACGUCGGGCUGCCAAGAUGUGUGGGCUUCGGGAAGCAACCGAGAUUGAUGACUGGAUCUUGUAUUGGACAGAUUAUUCUGUCUCUCUGGAUCGGGUAAUGGAGAUGAAAAGUUACCAGAAAAUAAACCAUUUCCCUGGGAUGACAGAAAUCUGUAGGAAGGACCUUCUAGCCAGGAACAUGGGCAGAAUGCUAAAGCUUUUUCCCAAGGAAUUUAACUUCUUUCCCAAGACCUGGUGUCUUCCUGCUGACUAUGGUGAAUUGCAGGCCUUUGGUAGAUCAAAAAAACAUAAAACCUACAUCUGUAAACCAGACUCUGGUUGUCAAGGCAAAGGCAUUUUCAUCACAAAAACUGUAAGAGAUAUCAAGCCUGGGGAGGAUAUGAUCUGCCAGCUCUAUAUCUCAAAGCCAUUUAUUAUUGAUGGUUUCAAGUUUGAUCUUCGGAUUUAUGUGUUGGUGACAUCAUGUGAUCCACUACGGGUAUUUGUUUAUAAGGAGGGUCUUGCACGUUUUGCAACAUCCAUGUAUUCAGACCCAUCACAAAGCAAUCUGGACAAUGUCUGUAUGCACCUGACUAAUUAUUCAAUUAACAAGCACAGUGCUAAUUUUGUACGAGAUGAAGACUCUGGUAGUAAGAGGAAGCUGUCCACCUUUAAUAAGUACAUGGAGCAAAAUGGUUAUGAUACAGAACCAAUAUGGAAGGAUAUUGAAGAUGUUGUUAUUAAAACGCUGAUAUCAGCCCAUCCUAUUAUCAAACAUAAUUAUCUCACUUGCUUUCCCAAUCACACCAUGUGGAGUGCUUGUUUUGAGAUUCUGGGAUUUGAUAUCUUGCUGGAUCGAAAACUCAAACCAUGGCUGCUUGAGGUGAAUCAUUCUCCAAGCUUCAGUACUGAUUCAUGGUUGGACAAAGAAGUGAAAGACCAACUAUUAUAUGACACUCUGGUAUUGAUCAACUUGGGAGCAUGCGAUAAGCGCAAAAUCUUGGAAGUAGAGAAACGGCGAGGGAAAGAAAGGCUUCUCAAACAGUGCCGUAAUCGCGAAGCCAGAGCCGAGGAAUUCAAGAACUGCCAGGCUGUGUGGCUCCAAGAAGCAGAGACCUAUGAAGAAAAAAACGCAGGAGGCUAUCGCCGAAUAUAUCCCUGUUCUGAUUCUGUCAGAUAUGAUAAGUUUUUCCAACACAAUAAUUCACUUUUCCAGGAAACAGCAGCUUCCAGAGCUCGUGAAGAGUAUGCAAGGCAUCAACUGCAGGAGCUGCGUCUCAAGCAAGAACAAAAAAUGGUUACAUUGAAAGAAAAGAAGGCUGAGUUCCCAGGAGAGUCCAGUGGAGAAAAAAUAAAGAUUCCUAGGCAAAGGAUGGUGAAUAGAUCUGCUAUACUGCCAGUCUCUGUCCAGCCUCAGAUUUGUUCAGAGUCUGGACCUGGGACUGCUCUCCUGCUUGAACAUUUUUCAGAUGAUCAAGAGGCCAAAAAAGAAGUUUGUGAAUCUUCAAGUAUUUUCCCAUACAACAGUCUUGAAACAAGCAGCCCAGAGAGUUCUGAAAAGCAACCGGUGAGGCCUUACAGCUCUGAGCCUGAUUUGACAUGGCAGAAUUCAUCCAGCACUCCAGAGCAAUCUAAUUCCAAUCCAGAACUGAGGGAUACCAUUCAUAGUCACCAUUCUGCAACUGACGUGGACAGUAGAACAAAACAUCAACCACCCAAUGAGCUUGCAAAAGCAUGCAGUAAACAAAGCCUGUGUCCUCCUGACAAACAUUUUCCAGCAAUGAUCAAACAUCGUAUGAGGAACAGAACUGCAAAAGACAUGGGUGUCUGUGAAAGUCCAGCUGUUAAAAAUUUCCGCCCAUUCGGUGAAGUGUCUUUCCAGUUUCAUGUUGGAGAAAAAGUUUCAUCACGCUCAGCUGUCCAGGCAAUGAGAAUGAAAUUUUCUGAGAAUGACAAAGAGAAAGGAACUAUCCUUGUCUCAGAAUUUUUCAGCAAGAUGAAUUUUACAGCAUCUGAGAAGCAUUUCCGGCUUCUCUCUCAACACCAGUCUCAACAUGUCACCAAUCGAGCACAAAGUGCUUCCCUCCCAAGAGAAAUCCUAGGGAGCAGAAGUGCUUCUUGCAGGAAGCCAGCAAAAUACUAUAAUGUUCACCUCACCAUGCAGAAGCCAAUCAUUCAGCAACAGAGCUUGCAAGAUUUGCUGGUGAUCUCACGGAUGAACAGCCAGACCAAAAGAGCCAAUGACCCAAGAAUAGGAAGUAGUCCUGUGAGCAGGGUCUAAGUGGAUCUUUCACAAGCACUGGAUAGUGCUGGAGCUUAGAAGAAGCUUUUUUCUAUUAAAGAGCACCCAGAACGAUUUGGACUAUUCAGCUGUACAUUUUCCAAGCACACUCCUAUGUAAAGGAGCUUCUAUGCAGCUAAUGAAAUUUGACCUGUAAAGCAAUAGGGUCUUUUUAGAGUAAGUGGGUCUUGAGAUAGUAGAAGCUCCUGAUUUUUCUGUUCCCUGAAGAAAUAUGCAGCUGCCUGGAGCUUUCUAAAUGAGAAAGUCCUCUCUUAUAAAUUUCUAAGAAAAUGAGUGCUGCAUUAAAUGAGUUUCAAAUAUAGAGACGUGAUCUUCUGUACUACUCCCAGUCAUGUAUUUCUGUACAUCUGUAUGGAGUCUUGCACUGUGUGCUGCAGACUGAAUCCUAAGGACUGAACUUGAUCUGACAUACCGUGGCAUGUCUUUUUUUCCUGAUUUGUUUUUUGUUUUUUAAUGAAAAACAGCCUUGGAGAUUUUGGUAGGAAACUGAAGGACUGCUUAACCCUUCCCCUCUAGUUAUUUGUGCAUUCAAACAUUUCCCCAUUCGAUUAUUUUACCUAUGGGGAAAAACAUACAGGACUCAUAUAUUUUUCCCCAUGGUGAAAAAUGCAGCUUAAGAGGAAAAAUUUUGAGCUACAGUUCUGCAGCAGCUCCUGUUCCACCCACCCUUCUGUUUCCUAUUGCAGCUCCCAAAGCUGCUUUUCAUUUUUUAAAAAAUCAGGGGGAAGAGCUAUGUGACAGUGCAUAGAUCUAAAUAAAGUUCUUAAAAUGGCAAAGAUUCAUGUGCAAAGGGACAUUGUAUU